GGCUGGUUCGCUGAGAGAGGUUUCGGAAGUAUUUUUGAAAACCUGGUAGCCGCGGCUGCAGAAUGGCCGAGUUCGGGCGACUGAGCAGAGUUUUCCACAAGCGCAGGAAAAAGCCUGCCAGCAGUCGACGGUGGGCCUUAAGAGCCAAGAAGUCAGUGACCCCAGUAUCUGGCAGCCAAGUGGACCUGCAGAGUAAACUAAACCCCAAUGACAAAACCAAGAUGGAGCCGACUGUGGAGCCCCGAGAUAAAGAUGGUGCGCAAUUGUUGACUUCUUCAAGAAAAGUGGUCUUUUUUCAUGCAGUUGGAAGCAUUGUGCAGCAGUGCCAGCACAGCAUUAGUCAGAUCUGGACUGGAUUUUGGAAUGUGUUCCUUUUCUGGAGAGCUUACUCACAGAGAGUAGAGAUUCUUCACCAGAGAGUGGAGGACCUUCAAAGGGAGCUUCAUCUGCUGCAUGCCAAUAUGGCUAAGGGGCCCAGAAGUUCUUGCUGCCAUUGUGCACCAUCAGGUGGUGGACGGCAUCCACAGAGCUCUGUUGAUCCCCCAACUGCUCUUCCUCUUCCUCCUCCUCCACCACCUCCACCUCUCCUUCCACCUCCUCCUGCUCCUCCUCUACCCCCAGCCAAGAAGACUCCACAGAAACUGUCCUUCAUCCCCAAGAAGAGGACAGUUCUCACUACACUGCAGGAGAAAAUUGAUCGCCGUGUUGCUGUGACUCUCCAGGACCUACAGGCUGUGCAGCUCAGAAAAGUAACCGUUAACCGUAAAGUUCGGGUGUCCCCUGAUAGGAGAAAAGCGCCGCUGGUCACACUAGCAGACCUGCAGAAAGUCCGUUUGAAGCGCACUCAGUGCAGCCUCCCCUCGCCGCUGAGGCCUGGCCUCGCCAAGUCACCAAACAAAAGCCCCAUGAAGCUACGGGUACAACUUAAAAAAGUCCACAUUGACCGUACGCCUGGUGGCUCACCGCAGUGCAAUAAAGAGAAUGUAGAGGACUUCUGCAUUAGUGCAAUCACCAGCCAAGCUUUGGUAAACAAGCCGCAGAUUGCUUUGCCUACAGCAUCCUAACCACUGAAGACAGCGACAUCAGGAAUUCUCCAUUUUAAUGUUUUGCCUUUGCCGUCAUGCAGUAUUGCACGUUCUUAUCUGGUUUGUUCUACUUUGG